AUGGCUGACCCUGCCCAAAGUGCCGCGACCCCAGUGCCUGAGGAGGACGACUUUGAACUGUUUGGUCCGAGUCCUGGAGAGGCGAGUCAGCCGUCGAACCCAGGACCUCAGCCUGUCCCGACUGUUGGACCGCAGCAGGCACCGCAGCCAGUGCCACAGCAAGCACCGGUUCCACCUGCAGUGACGACGACAGUUGGUUUGGACCCACAGCUGCAGCAGUUGAUGCUGAAUAUGAUGCAGAUGCAACAGCAGACGCUCCAGGUCAUGAUGGCUAGGAUGGACGCAGAUGAGAGAAGAAGGCGAGAAGCUGAGGCUGCCUCUGCAGCUGGACGCGCUGUUGAAGACGAGCCGUCGGAGCAAGUGAUGGCCUUGAGAUUUCAUCGUCUCAGGGGCAUGCGCCCAGGGAAAGCAGUGAAGAAUGAGCCCAAUGAUGCUGAGCCCCCACGUCUCACCAUGACGGAUAAGGAAGUAGAGAAGCUGAACCAGUCCUCUUCGAGGAACAGUCACUUUGCGUGGCUUGUUGAUAGUGGAGCCACGUGCCACGUGUUGUCUGUUGCUUCUUUGUCGUUUUACGAAGUCGUGAAGGAGCAUUCGGGACCGCUGCCUGUCUUGAUGAGUGCUAGCGACACCGAGAUGGAAUGCCUCGGGUUGGUCGAUAUCCGUGUGAAGUUUGGGAGGCUAGGGCCUGUAGUGCUUCAGAAGGUCCUGGUUUGUCAGAUUGGUUUCAAUGUGAUCAGUUCUUGGCAGGCGUCGCUUUCGGGUUGGUGUUCUUGGUUCACUGCCACACCCGGAGAGAGUUGCUUGAUGAAGCAGAAUGGGAAGGGUUCCUGGGUUUGGGUUCCCUUAGAGACGGAAGCCAGGAGCUGGUGGGCAAUGGCCCAGGAGAUCGGCCCCGCGAGAGCUAAGGCGAAAGCGAAGUCCAAAGCAGGAGUGCCCAAAGGUACCCCACCGAAGUUUGGGAAAGAAGACGACGACACGGGAGAUGCAAUGGAAGUGGACCGCGCCAAGGAGAAGGCGCAUCCGAACAAGCAUCCGCAGAGAGCUUUGGAAGAGGGCAACGAGGCCGACGAUUGGGGGAAAUGGAAGGCGGUGCCAGGCCCUCCUGCGAGCCCGCCUCCACCGGGGACGCCUGUGGUGCCGCCUGGACCCCCGGAGACGCCGCCCGAGACACCACCGGAGACUCCUCGGGAGAAGAAGAAGAAGGACAAGAAGAAGGAGAAGAAGAAAGGCUCCAAGGAGCGCCGUGCACGAGAAAAGGACCAGGUCGCCGAGGACAAGAAGGACCACAACGAGGGCGAGAGAGACAAGGCCGCCGAAGGAGUGGCUUUGCUGAGGGAGCAAGAGCUCAAGAUGGCUGCCGCCAGCAAGAACUUGGCGGAGAAGGAGCGAGCGUCGGCAGCGGCGAAGGCAGCCGCCAAUGUGGCUGUCGAGAAGUGGACGCCCCAACAGAGGGCACGCAAGGAGGCAGAGCUCCAAGCAGCCCUGCUUGCUCAGGAGCAAGCCGCUGCUACAGUUCGUUUGCUUACUUUGGAGUUACAACUUGGGGAUGCCCUUGGUGCCCCCGAGAGUUCAGCGGCCCCCGAGGGAACGCCUCCGACAACGCCGGUGUCGCCCGGAUCUGCGGUUCCAAAGACACCCCAACGAUCACCUUUGGUGAAAGCGAUGCCCAAGGUUCCGGAGAGCCCUGCUUCUCAAGCUGCUGUGAGCCUUGUUGCUCCAGCUGCUGCGGGGCCUGUUGCUCAAGCUGCUGCGAGGCCUGCGGUUCGAGUUGCUUUGAGGCCGGCGGUCCGAGCUGUUCAAGUGAAGGCGAUGCCCAAGGUGGGGCAGGUGCCGGAUGUUGGGCACAUGGGACCUCCAGCGCCGCCGAUGGUUGGGCCAAUGGGCCCUGUACCACAAGCACCGCAGGUUGUUGGGAAGAUGCACAUGUUCCCGCCGGCGCCGCCCUUCUUGGGGUACAUGGGACCAGUGCCUCCAGCACCACCGCCAGGAUACCGAGGCAUUUUCAAUCCGUGGUCCACCGGGCCGUUGCGCCAGGUGUUUGGAGCUGUGGGCCAGCAUGUGACGCCCAUCACUCCGAGUGCCGUCAAAAGCACCACGGCCAACAGCAAGGGCAACUCUAGUUGUCGUGAGUGCAGUGCUGUAGGAGAAGGUAACCUCGAGUGUGGUGCGGUGUUCCUUAGAAAGAUCGUGUGCCGCAGCCUUGUUCAGGGUUAUUUCAAAGGCCUGCCGGUUGAGAUCACUGUUGAUUCUGAAGAAGAGUUGUUGCCAGACCCCGACCCGAAGCCUCAACCUCCCGGCCCUCCUGACCCCGAACCUCGUCCCGAGCCGUCUGGUUCAGGUUUGUCUCCUCCUGAAGACCUUGAGGUUCCAGUAUACAUUACUUCAGAGCGUUUGCGAGCGCACCGGAACAAAGGGCAUCAGCCCUAUCUGAGUUUCUGUGAUGUGUGCCAGUCGGCACGUGGUCGUGUGCCAGCACGACGCAAGAACAUGAAGAGCCACUAUGCGCCGGGAGAGCUUCAAGUAGAUUUUGGCUUCUUCGGUCGAAAUGUUCGGUUUCUGUUGAUCGUUCACGUCCUGUCGGGAUACUUGAGUACUGUUGUUUUGGGUCCUGAGGACCCGGUGCCUGUACCAGCCGUUUGCAAGGCUCUUUCUGAGAUGGGCCUCAACGGGCUGGACAUUGUGGUCCACGGUGACCAAGAAAACCUCCUGGAGAGUGUGUUCCGGGAUUCUGCGAAGCAUAGGACGUUUGUAGGACAGUCCAUGCAUUGGGUUCCGUUUGCCGUGAACAGGCCCCAGGCAAAAGGCAUUGUUGAGCGUAACGUUUGCCUCGUGAAAGAAGCGUUUUGGUCUGUUUGGCUAGGACUGGAAGAGCGUGUAGGAGGGCAGCUGCCGUUAGGGAGCUACUUGUUUAUUGAAGCCAUGCGGUAUGCUGUUAGGAUGCAUAACUUGUUUCAUGUGUCCAAGGAGCAAAGCACGCCUCUGGAACGCCUCAGGGGCUCUACAGUCCAAGCUGUGAAGAGUUGUGAGUUUGGGGUGGUAGGCUUUGGAAAGCCACAAAAGGACUAUCCGGAGCAUCGAGGAAAGCGCCUAGUGAGGGCGAUUUACGUUGGGCCCCAUGGCGCCAACGGCUCUGGGAUACGUGUCUUUGUUCCCUUAGGAGAUGGGAAGCCGCCUCGUUUGGAGAUUUUCAGCUCGUUUCGUGCCCGGGACCCGGUAGAGUUUGACAAAGCAGUGCUAGACCAACUGAAAGGAAACCGGGAGGACCCCGAGCGACCCAUCAAGUUUGAUGUGCCUCUGGAUGCACCUCAGCCUCCUCCUGACCCUCCGGCGUUGCCUGAUGGUAGUCUAGAGUUCCCUGUGGGACAAGCAGAAGAGCCUGGAGCUCCUGAUGCGAUGGAGGAUGAGGAUCUAGCAGAUUAUUCCCCCUCUCUUCCUGCUGAUGGUGAAGGGAUGGAUGUCGAACCUCCUCCUGGUGGUGUCCUUGAUGAGGAUGAUGUUGAGAUGGGUGAUGGUGAAGAUAAUAUCAUGGAUGAUGGCCUGACCUGGCUGUACGAGUAUGGUCUUCGCCAGCUCUAUGAAGGACCUGACCUUCGUGUGACGCAGAAGCUGAGAAGAGUUGUGCGUUGGGUGAUGGCGUUGCCUGAGUACCUUCAGCGCUUCUCUGCGUUUGGCUGGGUCGACCAGAGUUUUGAGUCGGAGACCUUGCUUUCGGGGUAUGUGGAUGCCUCGUGGAACGUGUGUUCAGUGUCUGGUGCCAUUGUCCUUUGGCAUGGCAUGAUGAUCAAGUGCUUCUCAAGGAAGCAGUCAGUGACUGCCUUAAGCUCAGCUGAAGCAGAGCUGGCCGCGCUUACUGAAGCUGCCAAGGAAGCUGUGUACCUGUCCCUGCUGUUGGAAACGCUCCUUCAAGGCCUGCCUGCCGGUGACACGGGAUCGUAUCCCAUUUACCUGUCGUCUGACAGUGAAGCGGCAUUGUCUAUUUCGAAGAUGAAAGGCCUGCUGCGUCGAGUGCGGCAUUUGGAGCUGAGGCAUCGGUACUUGCAAGAGCUUGUUCAAAGUGAGAGACUGCGUCUCACAUUCAUCCAAGGAUGCCUGAAUCCGAGCGACGGACUCACAAAGAGUCCUGAAGAAGCUAUGCUCCAGCAUCUGCUGGAGGCUUGUGGACUUGAGCGGAUCUGUGAGGAAGACUUGCAGACACUGUGUGUACCUGAACAACUUCGAGAGAGGGUGGAGGAACUUGAGAACCUCAACGAGAAGCUUGAAGAGCUUCCGGAGAACUUACUGAAGUAUCGUCCGCAGAUGAAGAAGCAUGUUGCUUCGUGGAAAACGCUAGGAAAGCUGUUGCAGAACCACUGCCAGGACGUCCUGCUGACUCAGGAGUGGCCAAAGACCUGUGGACUUUGGAAGGAAGAAACGUACCAAAGA